AUGGAGACACUUCCGACCGAGUUAGUUGACACUAUUGUGAGCUGGCUCGAUCUCCGGGAUGUCUGCGCGCUCCGUCUGACUGGACAGGCUGCGCUAGAACAGCUGGUUCGCUUCACCCAGCCAGGACAGGUAGGCCUCUGGCUCCAACGGCUCACGCUGUAUGACUGUAUCGAGCGCACGGAGCAGUCUGAUUCUGAUUUCGACGCAACCGAGCUACUGGCCCAAGCAUUCGCGAAUAUACGCGACCGGCCAGCAUCCCACCGGGGCAAUCAGCUGUCGCUGUCUAUCUCCCUGGAGGUCGACAACUUCUCUACUUGGGACAGGGAUGUUACAGCUCGGGUGUUCCACGCGACCAUCUCUGCCAUCGCGAGAACGGAAAUCCCAAUCCAGGAACUCGAUAUUUUUGGCGACGCUUAUUUGCAUGAUCACCAUUUCAAAAACGGCCAAUGUAGCUUAGCUUUUAGCGAUAUCGCGCUUGCUUUGUCACGCCACCGGACCCCCUUAGCAACAUCCUUGCGAAAUUGCACCAAGUUCUGCCUGAGUCUAGGCCACUCAACCCGGGGAUUCAAUUUCGAGUGCAGCGUCCGGGACUUGCGUCUACCGCUGACCGCGAACGAAGCCCGACAGAACAUUCAGUCGCUUUGUGAUCUCCUCACCAUGUGCCCUUUCCUCGAAGAACUACACCUCGUGUGGGAGGAUGACGACUUUGAAGAAACAGAUGCGUGCAGAGAAGAACGGGAAUUCUUCAACCAGAUAGGUAUUUCCUGUGCAUUUGCAGACUUGAAGCGAUAUGAACUUCAGGAUCUCGACGCGUCCGAGAACCCAAUCAUGACCUUUUUCCGCCGGUCCCCGAGGCUGCUAGAGUUGACCUUGGAUGGAUUGAUUGCACACUACUGGGAGAAUCCUAGUUUAUUACGACGAGCAACCUUCCAGAGACGCGUCCUCAAUUUCAUUUCUGGUGAUGAACCACGAGACGGGGUGGGCCCGGCCCUCGACCCAACCAUCUUCAAUGGGGCAGAGGACGACACGCGCAUCUAUAUUAUGCACCCUCGCAGGGAACUAUCACCCAAAAAUCCUUUCUUAGCAAACUACGACGGGAAAUUUGCAGAACUACGUGACUUGCCUAAUGUAAGACUUCUUCCUGGAGCACCCACGGCGGCGAGGAUGUAA